ACUUCAAGAGGAAUUAGUCUUGAUCAGUCCCGAUCAUAUAAUAUGUGCUGACUGACGGCGGUUAGUGAACUACUAUUGGGCAAGUUUAUGAUGCCUCUUUUUAAGAAAGGGGGAGCAAAUAUUUCCGACUCUCGCAAAACUGAUGGAGAUAAAAAACUAUCGAAUAAUCGCUCCGGAAGCGCUGGAACAGAAAAUACCUCACAAAUGCAUCCGUCUGUUCAAAUCCCGGAACCUCCGCGUUCUUCCAAAUCUAAUGAUAUGGCUUCUAGAACACCCCAUCCACCAAGAACAGACUCAGGACCAUCACCGCCAAUUCCUCCGCCAAAGUUUGUAUUCUAUUGUCAGUUAGCUCAUGGAAGCGCCACUGGAAAAGUGGAAGGAUUUACAAACGUGAAAGAACUCUAUCAAAAAAUCGCAGAGGUCUUUAAAAUGCAGUCAAAGGAGAUCUUGUUUUGUACACUAAAUACAUAUAGAAUUGACAUGGAAAGGUUACUUGGAGGGCAAAUUGGACUUGAUGACUUUAUAUUUGCACAUGUCAAAGGACAAUGCAAAACUGUGACAGUGUUAAAAACAAGCCCAGCCUUGGGUCUUACCAUAACAGAUAAUGGAGCGGGUUGCGCAUUUAUCAAACGCAUCAAAGAAGGAAGCAUUGCAGAUGGAGUGGCUCAGAUUUGCAUUGGAGAUCAUAUAGAAGCUAUAAACAACACAACUGUUGUUGGUACUAGGCACUAUGAUGUAGCUCGUAUGUUAAGAGAGCUUCCAGUUGGAGAGGAAAUCAUUUUUCAGUUGAUUGAGCCUGUGAGGAGCUUUGAGGGUAUUGGUCCAAGGACAGGAAGUCGUGGAGCCAGUUCAUCUUCAGCUGCUAAUGCAGUAGGAAGUGGGAAGACAACUCUGCGAUUACGAUCCAAGGGUCCCCCUGUUGUGGAAACAGAAGAGGCACCUGCAUGGGAACUGAAAGCUGCUCAGAGAAUAGAUGACCUAUUGGAAAGCUUUAUUGGAAUAAGGGAUCCUGAUCUGGCUGAGACACUGGUAUUGAAGAGUAAGACAGUCUCCAAUCCAAGUGAUUUUGCUAUGGCUGUAGAUGAAGAAUUUGCAGAUUUCCAGUUCCCAGACGAUUUUAUAUUUGACAUUUGGGGUGCAGUGUCAGAUGGUAGAAGUGGAAGGUUAUAAUUGUUGUCAAAUUGAAAACAUGUUACUCUUUGAUAAAAAUCCAAAGUGUUUCAUUGACACAGGUUAAAGUUGUCUGAAUGAGCAUGAAAAUGCAAUUAACCUUUUUUUUUUCAUUUGGCCACCUUGAAAUUUCUAAAUUCUUUACAAGUAUAGAUUGAAGAGGCUAGCUAGCUGUGUGGGCUGCUUACUAGAUGUAGAAAUCUGGGAAGGUUUUUCAUUGGACAAUUCUGAGACUUUAAAGCAAGAGAUUUAAGACUUGUAAGAAUGUCCUCAGAGUUUUGUGUUAGAACUUCUGAUCAUAGUUUAGGAGUCACACUUUAUGUGUUGUUUUUUCUUCAUUAGACAAUGCAACACUCCCAUGUCAGUUGAUCUCACUUGACAUGCAGCUUUUUUAUUUAAUGGUUAUUAUCUGUUUGUUAAAUAGAUUAAUUGAAUAAAUGUAUUAUAUAAAUAC